AUGCUACCUAUUCUGAUCCCGAUCCGCCGACCAAACCCGGUUGUCGCGGGCCUAACUGCCACAACGGGAAGUGCACGUGCCCUGAGGGUAAACGACUACGACAGCGACGAUGACUUCAACCACGAAGAUGGCAACGACGACAGCAACGGCAACGACAACAACGGCAACGACGGCAACGACAACGACGGCAACGAUGACGACUUCCAAGUCUGCAUUCAGGCUCUCAACAACAGACUCUCAGCAAUUCAACCCUCGAUUCAGCGCAGAAUCCAGGUCGAUAGAUAUCAAAGCCUCAUUGAUCAGUGCAUCAGAGACCUUUGUCGUGACGUCGGCGGCCUGGCACAUGCUGUAAAUGCAAUGCAACGCGCACAGGACCAGGAGAUGAUACGGGUCAACGCUGAACUUGCGGAGCUACGAGCUCAACUUGAGAGGGAACUCCGCAACCUUUCCCGCCGCUCAACAUAA